GCACCAGGUGCGUGCGUCCCCUCCCGCCGCGGGAUUCCGUAACCGGUCCCGUCUCCGGCGGCGGCAAUGGUGCUGGGCUCGCCGGUCAAGCGCCUGGCGCGGCGGGCGGCCAAGGGCCCGCUCGAGAGGGCCGGCCUGGCGGGGGUCGCCGCGGCGGCCGUGGCGGCCGCCGCGCUGCUGCUGCUGCUCUGCGCCGUCUCGCUCCGCUGCUCGGCCGCCGCGCCCCGGAGGCUCUGGGCCGGCGGGGUCUCCAUCGCGGCCGAGGCCGCGGCGGCGGCGGCGGCUCAAACGAGAAGGAAGGUGGCGGCGGCGGGCAAUGAGGAGGAGUGCGACCUGUUCGACGGGGAGUGGGUGCGGGCUGGCGGCGGCUACCCGCUCUACGACUCCAGGGACUGCCUCUUCCUCGACGUCGGCUUCCGCUGCUCCGAGAACGGCCGCCCCGACGCGUCCUACACCAAGUGGCGCUGGCAGCCGACGCGCUGCGAUCUCCCGAGAUUUGAUGCCAAAAGCAUGCUGGAGAAGCUACGGAACAGAAGAGUAGUAUUCGUUGGUGAUUCAAUUGGAAGGAACCAAUGGGAGUCUCUGCUUUGCAUGCUUUCUACUGCUGUUCAUAACAAGAGCGCUAUCUAUGAAGUUAAUGGCAGUCCCAUCACAAAGCACAUGGGUUUCUUGGUUUUCAACUUUAGAGACUACAAUUGCACCAUGGAAUACUACAGAUCCCCCUUUAUAGUCCUUCAAGGCCGUGCGCCAGCUGGAGCCCCUGAGGUUGUUAAGUACACAAUUCGAGUGGAUGCCAUGGAUUGGAUGUCUGACCGGGGUAAGUGGAAGGAUGCUGAUGUAUUGAUCUUCAACACUGGGCACUGGUGGAACAAUGAGAAGACAAUCAGGGGGGGUGCCUACUUCCAAGAAGGUGAUGAGGUGAAAAUGGAUAUGACUGUUACAGAUGCUUACCGAAGAUCAAUACAGACAUUGUCGGAUUGGCUUCACAGAGAAGUUAACACAAGCAAGACCCAUGUCAUCUACCGUACAUAUGCUCCUGUGCAUUUCAGAGGUGGUGACUGGAAGACCGGAGGGAGCUGUCACUUGGAAACUCUUCCAGAUUUGACGCCACCUGAAUCGCUGGAGGAAUGGGCUGACCUGCUUAAACCUGUGAAUGAUGUUCUAGGGAACCAUCUGAGACCCAAGCUUUCUGGAUUAGAUAUGCUGAACGUGACGCAGAUGACAGCUCAGCGGAAAGACGGCCACCUCUCAGUAUACCUAAGCCCUUCAGGACCUGUCCCUCGCUACAAACAGGAUUGCAGCCACUGGUGCCUGCCUGGUGUCCCGGAUACCUGGAAUGAGCUUCUCUACGCCCUCAUCAUGAAGAGGCAUACAAAGAUGGAUCAGAAUGUUUCCCUGUCUGGCACUAUAACAGUGAACACUGGGUAAUAGUGACUAUCUACUAGAUGCUCACUAUCUAAAAUCUGAAGAGGGAGAUGGUAAGGUGAAUCCAGCAACUGGUCAUGGCAAGCUACUUAGUCAUCCUGGGCAAUGACACUGUUGAUUGAUGACCUACCGAUUAGGUUAUAGGUAGGAUGCCAGAAUGGCGAAACACAUUUUUGGAUAGUGGGUGUCACUACGCAGGAAGCUGCAGCACCCUGCUGUUUUUGUACAUGCCGAGGUUGGUGAAUAGCUGAGCAGAGGUAGAGAACCGUUCAGCUUUGAAGAAAAAAAGGUAUGUUUCAUGCAGAGGUUAUUAGUCUUAGCGGUGGUGAAUAUAGCUAGAUAGGGGCGCAGCAGUGAAUGAUGUAAAUAUUGGUUGCAUGUGAUUCAAGAAUCUGUAAUUUCCUUCGCUGCU